UUUUGGUCAUACUCUAUGCGAUUAAGAUCUUUAGGUGGGGACAUUCGCUAAAGCCAAUCCAAUCCUCGACUCACGUGCCUCCUCCUAUCCCAUAACAAACGUAAGUGUAUUAAAGACAAAAGUAGCAUAGUUAAUUUUCUUCAUUUGACUUGGGGAAUAAACUAUUUGGAAAAAAGAUUGCUUUUUUGAGAGUGAGGAGCGGGCUAGGAUCAGCCUUUAGUAUACAUGUUCCUGUUUUAGACAAUAAAGAUAAAAGAUUUGUGAGAGAAUUGACAAAGGGUGGGUUUCCAGUGAGGGUGUUGGAGGUUUAGGGGUGAUGGGUUACAUGGGUAGGUGUUGGUUGGUUGGGGUCAUAAUUGUGGUGGGCAGUGUUGGAGUGGAAGGGUAUCCUGCUGAGGAUUUGGUGGUUAAAUUGCCUGGUCAACCUAAUGUUGGCUUUAAGCAAUUUGCUGGGUAUGUUGACGUUGAUGCCAAGCAUGGAAGGAGCCUCUUCUAUUAUUUUGUGGAGGCUGAGCAAGACCCUGACAAGAAGCCCCUCACACUUUGGCUCAAUGGAGGCCCUGGGUGUUCUUCCGUUGGAGGAGGUGCUUUUUCUGAAUUGGGACCCUUUUAUCCUAAUGGUGAUGGACUUGGUCUCCGAAGAAAUUCCAUGUCCUGGAAUAAAGCAUCCAAUCUCAUUUUUGUGGAGUCUCCUGCUGGAGUUGGUUGGUCAUACUCAAAUACAACUUCUGAUUACAAAACUGGAGAUCUCUCCACUGCCAAUGAUAUGUAUUUGUUCAUGUUGAAAUGGUACAAGAAGUUUCCAUCAUACAGAACAAGAGAACUGUUCCUCACUGGAGAAAGCUAUGCAGGACACUAUGUACCUCAAUUAGCUAAUGUUCUCUUGGACCAUAAUGCUGGUUCAAGUGGUUUCAAAUUCAACAUCAAAGGAGUUGCUAUUGGAAACCCACUUUUGAGACUUGAUCGGGAUGCACCAGCAACAUAUGAAUACUUCUGGUCACAUGGAAUGAUUUCUGAUGAAGUUGGCCUUGCCAUCAUGAAUGAUUGUGAUUUCGAUGACUAUUCCUAUGAAACUCCUCACAACGUUUCUAAUUCGUGCAACAAUGCCAUAUAUGAAGCAAAUGUCAUUGUUGGCAAUUACAUAAACAACUAUGAUGUGAUUCUAGAUGUUUGUUAUCCAUCCAUAGCAGAACAGGAACUGAGAUUGAAAAAGAUGGCAACAAAAGUAAGUUUAGGUGUGGAUGUGUGUAUGACUCUAGAAAGACGGUUUUACUUCAAUCUCCCAGAGGUUCAGAAGGCUCUUCAUGCAAACCGUACAAACCUUCCUUAUAGGUGGUCCAUGUGUAGUAAUUUUCUAAACUACAGUGACACUGAUGGUAACAUCAACAUCCUUCCAAUUCUCAAAAGAAUAGUCCAAAACCAUAUCCCAGUAUGGGUUUUCAGUGGAGAUCAAGAUUCUGUUGUGCCAUUAUUGGGAUCUCGAACACUGAUUCGUGAACUAGCUAAUGAAUUGCAUUUCAAGAUUACAGUCCCAUAUGGGGCCUGGUUCCACAAAGGGCAGGUUGGAGGUUGGGUGACUGAGUAUGGAAAUUUGUUAACUUUUGCAACUGUAAGGGGUGCUGCUCACAUGGUACCUUAUUCUCAACCUUCAAGAGCACUUCAUCUAUUCAGUUCAUUUGUGCGUGGUAGAAGGUUGCCCAACACAACACAUUCUUCCAUUGAUGAUUGAAGGAAGACACUUAAAGGAGUUGUAGCAAAAAAAUGGCAUAGGAAGUGAGAGAAAAGACUGUUCCUUUAUAAGUUCCUAGUGAUUGUAUGGAAACGAAAAGGAAAAUUAACAAAAAAGAAAUUAUAUUCUGUUGCUUUUACUUUCUUCAUUUGGUACUAGCGCAGAUUUCUUGGCCUCAUUGGUAGGUGCAUUGGGAUUGUUUUGGAAAAUGUAAGCGACUUUUGUUUCAGUUAUAUGAACUUAUUUUUGGUGAAAAA